GGAAAUACAACAUUAUAAGUAUAUAUUAGGUACCCAAUUGAGCACAUCUCUAUAUAUAAAGUAUAUAUCUAUAUAAUAGAGAGAGAGAGGAGAGAGAUAUGGGGAGGCAACCAUGUUGUGACAAAGUAGGGUUGAAGAAAGGGCCAUGGACUGUUGAAGAAGACAAGAAGCUCAUCAACUUCAUCCUCACCAAUGGCCACUGCUGUUGGAGAGCUCUUCCCAAGCUUUCUGGACUAUUGAGGUGUGGUAAAAGCUGCAGAUUAAGAUGGAUAAAUUAUCUAAGACCUGAUUUAAAAAGAGGUCUUUUAUCAGAAUAUGAAGAACAAAUGGUCAUUGAUCUUCAUGCCCAACUUGGCAAUAGAUGGUCAAAGAUUGCCUCUCAUCUACCAGGAAGAACUGACAAUGAAAUAAAGAACCAUUGGAACACACACAUAAAGAAAAAACUAAGGAAGAUGGGUAUUGACCCUUUGACCCAUAAACCUCUCUCGGAACAAGAAGGUUCAGAACAAGCUCAAGGGAGCAAGAAAAGCUUAGUGCCUCAUGAUGACAAGAACAGAAAACAAGAUCACGAAGAUCAACAAACUAAAGACAAACAAGAACAACAUCAACUAGAGCAAGUUUUGGACAAGAACAAAAUUUCAAUAUCUAUUGAUGAUGGAUUUUGCAUUGAUGAAGUCCCAUUGCUCAAUCCACAAGAGAUCUUUAUGGACGCCUCUUCUGCCCAUCAUCAUAAAAAUGAUGAUAACGCCAAUAUUAACAUUAGUAACUCCACUUCGCCUUCUUCCUCUUCCUCUUCUACCUCGUCGUGUAUAUCAUCAUUACCUGGUGAUGAAUUCUCAAAGUUUCUUGAUGAAAUGGAGAUUAUUGACCUCAAGUGGCUCUCAUCCAAUGAUUCAUCAGAGGAUAACAUUAAUUACAAAGACGGCAAGUACAACAACAAUGCUGAUACGAUGAACUUGUGGGACAUCAAUGAUUUGAGCAGCUUGGAUUUGAUUAUGAAUGAUCAUGAUGAUAGUUUCGUUGGAAAUGGUAGCGGAUGUUCAAGAAUGGUUUUUGAUCAAGAUUCAUGGGCAUUUGAUCUCCUCUAAGUUUUUUCCCUUAUUGUUGAUUUUUUUUUAAAAAAAUAAAAAUUUAGUAUUGUUUUUGAAGUGGCGGCUUUGGGUUUGGCCGGUGUUGCAAUUUAGUGGAUGAUUAGGUGUAAAAUACAUGUAACAAAGAUUGCAAUU